GCAAGGAAGAGAACGACAUAUAAUAGCAGAGAGAGAGAGAGAGAGAGAGAGAGAGAGACACUAAGGAGGAACACACUAUUACUAAUUACCCUAUUCAACACACAAUACCUCUUAAUAACAAAUCGUAGUUCUCGAUCCUUCUUCUUCUCACGCUCUAGCUUCGAUUUUCUUCCCGAUCUAUAAUCUUUUCUCGGGUUUUCAAUUGGAUCGAGGAUUGAGGAGAGCUGAAGCAUCUGCAGCAUGAGCAUCGAUAGCCCCGGGAAAGGGGACAGCUAGGGUUUCGAGCUUCUGACCUCGACGGUGAGAUUUCCAUGGGCGAUGGAGGUGUCGUGUGCAUGCCUUUGCAGUAUAUUAUGGAGAGGUUACCGAAUGCCGAGAAGACGCUUUGCGGAGGCAAGAGUGGGAAUGGCUUCAAUUCCAAGUUGCUCAAGUUUGCUGACAGCGAGAGGAAGAAGAUGAAGGCGAGAAAAGAGGAGCCUGCGAGGAAGAGUGAAUUAGGGUUGGACAGAGUGAGCAAGAGAAGCAACGAUGUUGAGAAUGGUGAAAUAUGCGGGGAGAUGGUGCAGAAGGAAGAAGUGGAAGAGGGUGAAUUGGGCACUUUGAAGUGGCCUAAAAGUGACCUGGAAAAUGGAGAGUUCGUGCCUGAGCUGCUGCCAAGGAGAAGCGAGAUUGAGAACGGAGAGAUUGUGAGUGAGAAAUGGAAAACAAGGGAGCUGGAGAAGGGAGAGAUUCAUUCUGGCAAAUGGAGAAAAGAUGAUGUGGAUAAAGGGGAGGUUUUUCCUGAGAAGGGUAGGAAAGGAGAAGCUGAGAAAGGUGAAUAUGGGUCGUGGAGAGGUACAAAGGAUGACAUCGAGAAGGGAGAAUUCAUUCCAGAUAGAUGGUAUAAGGGAGAAAUGGGUAAGGACAAUUAUGGUAACAGUAGAACCCACAGGUUCCAUUCAGAUAGGGACAAAGGGUGGAAAAGUGAACGUGAACGUACCCCCACUUCUGGGAGAUAUACAGUUGAUGAAGGAUUUAGAAAGAAAGAAUUGAAUAAAACUGGGAGUCAGCAUGCUAAAAGUUCUCCCAGGUGGGAUAGUGGACAACAGAGGAAUAUAAGGAUCAGUUCAAAGGUUGUGGAUGACGAGAAAAACAUACACAACAACGGUAAGGACCCUACACGAGAUUAUACUUCUGGAAGUCGCUUGAAGAGGUUCGGUAAUGAUUCUGACGGCUGUGAGUGGAAGCGGGCAGCAGAUUAUGCCGGUUUAAAAAGCCGAAGGGUUUCUGAUGAUAGCUAUCGCCAUGUUUGUUCAGAGAACUAUUCUCGUCGCUCUGGGGAGCAGUCUUACCGAAAUAAUAAUUCUGCAAAAUUAUCAGCAGACAAGUAUUCUUCUAGGAAUCAUGAAUCUUCUUUCUCUACCAGACCAGCUUAUGACAGGCAUGGACGUAGCCCUGGUCAUUCUGAGCGGUCGCCUAGAGAUCGAGGCAGAUAUUAUGAUCAUAGAGAUCGCACUCCACUGCAUCGAUCCCCCUGUGGUCGUGACAGGUCUCCAUAUUACAGGGAGAAAUCCCCCCAUGGUCGGGAGAGGUCCCCAUAUACAAGGAACAGGGAUAGAGGUCGUCAGCAUGAUCAUAAAUUGAGAAGUCCUACAUGCGCCGAGCAGUCGCCACAAGAUCGAGUUCGGCAUCAUGAUCGGAGGGACCAUACUCCAAAUUUAGUAGAAGGAUCCCCCCUUGAUCGAGCUAAGAAAGAUGGUCAUCAGGAAACAAGUUGUAAAACCUUAUCAAGUGAAAAGCACAACUCCGAGUAUAGUUGUAAGGAUCAUGAAGAUAAGAACAUUCAAAGGGAGUCAAAUGGUUCAGUUACAGAAUCUCAAGGUGAAAAAAGUUUGCAAGUUACGAAUGAGUCUAUAGAGAAUGACACCUGCUGUCAACCUGUAAAGGAACAGCAGUUCUGCAGCCCAACUUUAAUUAAUAAAGAAUCUCCUUGCUUUGAGCCACCUCCUGAGGAGCUGCCUUCGAUGGAAGAAGAUAUGGACAUUUGUGAUACCCCUCCACAUGUCCCUGUGGUGACAGAUUUGUCAUCAGGGAAAUGGUUUUACCUCGAUUAUGGUGGUGUAGAAAAUGGGCCUGCUAAACUGUGUGACAUCAAGGUCCUUGUUGAUAAAGGGGUACUGAUGUCAGAUCACUUUAUCAAGCAUUUAGAUAGUGACAGGUGGUUAACAGUUGAAAAUGCAGCAUCACCAACGGCAGCUCAGAGUUUUCAGUCUGUUAUGUCGGAUACCAUAACUCAACUGGUAAAUCCUCCAGAAGCUCCUGGUAAUCUUUUGGCAGAUACUGCAGAUAUUCUUCAAUCUGGUCCUGAGAAUUAUCAGGAAAUGCCAGCCCCGCAGCAGCCACUGGUAUGCCCGAACGACAGUUUGCUUACAUCUGAAUUUUUCGAGGACUUCCACAUUGAUGAAAGGGUCAGAAAUCUGUUAGAGGGUUAUGAUGUCAUUCCUGGGAUGGAACUUGAGGCAAUAAAAGAAGCUUUGCAAAUGAAUUUUGAAUAUGCAAAAGGGGAGGGCUUGGGAGACUAUGAAGGUUUUCCUUGGCAUAUUUUCUGCUUUAGGGAAGAUUGUGAUUCAAGUACUGAUUUAACAUCUAGACAUUCAGAGUCUCAGUUAAGUACCGGUGACAAGGAUAAUGGAUAUUCCUUUGGUGUUCCUAGUGAUUGGUUUUCCACCUGUUGGUCAUGCAAAGGUGGCGACUGGAAGAGGAAUGAUGAUGCCCAGGAUAGAUAUUCUCGGAAGAAACUUGUACUAAAUAAUGGUUUUCCAUUAUGUCAAAUGCCAAAGUCUGGCUGUGAAGAUCCUCGCUGGCCUCAAAAAGAUGACUUGUAUUUUCCUUCUCAAAGCAGGAGGCUUGAUCUCCCUCCAUGGGCUUUUGGUGCUGAUGAAUGGGUUGAUUGCAGUGCUGCGAGCAGAUCAAUUCAAAGUAAGCCUGCUUCUGUGAGAGGAGUGAAAGGAAAUGUUCUUUCGGUGGUCAGGAUAAAUGCAUGUGUGGUCAAAGACCAGGGAUCAUUAGACCAGGGAUCAUUGGUCUCUGAGUCACGCCAGAAGACCCGAGGCAAGGAUAGACAUCAUUCAAGGUCAACUCGGCCUUUCUCUUCUACCAGUGAUAGCAGGAGAUCAUCAACUGAAAAAGAUUCUCAGUCAAAAGCUGAUAGUGAUCAAGGUUCUUGCCGGAGCAUGGAAUUCAUUAACAUCCCUAAAGACCAUCUCUGUACUGUUCAUGAGCUGCAGUUACAUUUGGGUGACUGGUAUUAUCUUGAUGGUUCUGGGCGUGAAAGAGGCCCUUCGUCAUUUUUGGAGCUACAGUAUUUUGUAGAUCAAGGAAUUAUAAAAAAGCAUAGCAGUGUGUUUAGGAAAAGUGAUAAACUCUGGGUUCCUGUUACCUCUGCUGCAGAAAUUUCUGAUGUUAGUCUCGCGAGCCACCAAGAAAGCAGUUCAGCGUCUGGUGCAUGCUCUGGACUUCCGUCAAAGCAAACUCAAGGUGUUUCAUGCAGUGAACCUCACACAAUUUCAAGUUUGUUUAACUGCAUACACCCUCAAUUUGUUGGUUAUACUCGCGGGAAGCUACAUGAACUGGUAAUGAAAUCAUAUAAGAGCCGGGAGUUCGCUGCGGCUAUAAAUGAGGUGUUAGAUCCCUGGAUCAAUGCAAGACAACCAAAGAGAGAAAUUGAGAAACCAAUAUAUUUGAAAUCAGAAGGUGAUGCACAUGCUGCCAAAAGAGCCCGAAUGAUGGUUGAUGGCAGUGAAGAAGACAGUGAUUUGGAAGAUGUUGAUCUUACUAUUGAGAAGGAUGGAUCAACUUUUGAGGAUCUAUGUCGUGAUGCUUCUUUCCCUGAAGAAUUUGGUAUUACUGAUUCUGAUGUAGGAAGCCGGGGCUUAUUGGACGGUCGUGUAAUGGCACAAAUCUUCCAUUUUUUGAGAUCUGAUUUGAAGUCUCUUGUCUUUGCAUCAAUGACUUGCAAGCAUUGGAGAACUGCUGUAAGGUUUUACAGGGAAGUUUCAAGACAGGUCAACUUGACAUCCUUAGGUCAUUCCUGCACUGAUUCCAUGUUAUGGAACAUUAUGAAUGCUUAUGAGAAAGACAAGAUCAGUUCCAUGAUUCUAAUGGGUUGUACCAAUAUUACGGCUGACAUGCUUGAGAAAAUUCUUCUUUCAUUUCCUGGUUUAUGUACCGUAGACAUUAGAGGGUGCAACCAGUUUGGAGAGCUGACUCCUAAAUUUGCCAAUGUGAAAUGGAUCAAGAGCCGAAGUUCACACAUGACUAGAAUUGCAGAGGAGCCUCAUAAAAUCAGAAGCCUUAAACACAUUACAGAGCAAACUACAUCUGUUUUCAAAUCCAGCAGUUUAGGUAUUGAUGAUUUUGGUCAAUUGAAGGAUUAUUUUGACAGUGUGGAUAAGAGAGACACGGCGAAGCAAUUAUUCCGUCAAAACUUAUACAAGCGUUCAAAACUAUAUGAUGCGAGAAGGUCCUCUUCCAUUCUAUCUAGGGAUGCUCGUACAAGAAGAUGGGCAAUCAAGAAAUCUGAAAGUGGUUAUAAGAGGAUGGAGGAAUUCCUUGCUUCAAGACUGAGGGAAAUUAUGAAGACAAACUCCUGUGACUUUUUUGUGCCCAAGGUUGCAGAAAUUGAGGCUAAAAUAAAAACUGGUUAUUACAGUGGCCGUGGGUUGAGCUCUGUCAAGGAGGACAUAAGUAGAAUGUGCCGCGAUGCAAUAAAAGCAAAGAAUCGAGGUGAUGUUAGUGACAUGAACCAUAUUAUCACGUUAUUUAUUCAGCUUGCAACACGAUUGGAAGAGAGUUCUAAAUCUGUGCAUGACAGAGAUGCACUACUGAAGUCAUGGGACAAUUCAAAGUAUAAGAAGAAUAGAUUGGUGAAUGAAAGGAAGUAUAGGAAUAAUGGAAUACAUGGUGGUUUGGAUAAUGUAGAUUAUACCUCUGAUCGAGAAAUUAGGAGGCGCUUGUCAAAGUUGAAUAAGAAAUCUAUGGACUCAGAAAGUGAAACAUCUGAUGACCUUGAUAGGUCUUAUGAAGAUGGUAGGAGCGACAGUGGUACUUCAACCUCGGACACUGAAAGUGACCAAGAAGUACAUUCAGAAAGUAUAGUUAGGGAGUCAAGAGGGGAUGGAUGCUUCACACCUGGGGAAGAGUUGGAUUUUAUAACUGAUGAUCGCGAGUGGGGUGCUCGCAUGACGAAAGCAAGCCUGGUACCUCCAGUUACCCGGAAAUAUGAAGUCAUUGAUCAAUAUGUCAUUGUAGCUGAUGAGGAGAAUGUGCAAAGGAAGAUGAGGGUUUCUUUACCGGAUGACUAUGCUGAGAAGCUGAGUGUGCAAAAGAAUGGAACCGAGGAGUCAGAUAUGGAACUUCCAGAAGUCAAAAAUUACAAACCAAGAAAGCAGCUUGGAAAUGAGGUUAUUGAGCAAGAAGUUUAUGGAAUCGAUCCUUAUACACAUAAUCUUUUGCUUGAUUCUAUGCCAGAGGAGUUAGAUUGGUCUCUUCAGGAGAAGCAUUUGUUUAUAGAAGACAUGAUCCUUCGAACAUUGAAUACGCAAGUUAGGAAUUUUACUGGAACUGGAAGCACUCCAAUGAGCUAUGCUUUGCAGCCUGUUAUUGAAGAUAUUAAAAGGUGCGCGGAGGAGGACUAUGAUGCAAGAACGGUUAGAAUGUGUCAAGGUAUCCUAAAGGCCAUAGAAAGUCGUCCCGAUGAUAAAUACGUAGCUUAUAGAAAGGGGCUUGGUGUUGUUUGCGACAAGGAAGAAGGCUUUGCCCAAGAUGAUUUUGUCGUGGAGUUUCUGGGAGAGGUUUAUCCUGUGUGGAAGUGGUUCGAAAAACAAGAUGGGAUUCGAUCUCUGCAGAAAGAUAGUAAAGAUCCGGCACCAGAAUUCUAUAACAUCUACCUUGAGAGGCCAAAGGGUGAUGCAGAUGGGUAUGACUUAGUUGUUGUUGAUGCUAUGCACAAGGCUAAUUAUGCCAGUCGAAUAUGUCAUUCUUGCCGACCUAAUUGUGAAGCCAAAGUUACUGCUGUUGAUGGUAAAUAUCAAAUUGGUAUUUAUAGCGUUCGUAAAAUUCAACAUGGUGAGGAGAUCACUUUUGAUUACAAUUCUGUAACAGAGAGCAAGGAGGAGUAUGAAGCAUCGGUUUGUUUGUGUGGAAGCCAAGUAUGCCGGGGGAGCUAUCUGAAUCUGACUGGUGAAGGGGCUUUCCAAAAGGUUCUGAAGGACUCACAUGGAAUUCUUGAUCGUCAUUAUUUGAUGCUAGAAGCUUGUGAAUUAAACUUUGUUUCUGAAGAGGAUUAUAAUGACCUAGGAAGAGCUGGUUUAGGCAGUUGUUUGCUUGGAGGCCUGCCAGAUUGGCUUGUUGCUUAUGCGGCUCGCCUUGUGAGAUUCAUCAAUUUUGAAAGAACUAAACUUCCUGAGGAAAUUCUAAAGCAUAAUCUGGAAGAAAAAAGAAAAUAUUUUUCAGAUAUAUGUCUUGAAGUUGAAAGGAGUGAUGCUGAGGUUCAGGCUGAGGGUGUGUACAACCAAAGGCUUCAGAAUCUUGCUGUCACACUUGAUAAGGUAAGAUAUGUUAUGAGAUGUAUUUUUGGUGAUCCACGGAAAGCACCACCUCCUCUUGAGAAGCUCAGUCCUGAAGCAGCUGUUUCCUUCCUCUGGAAAGGAGAGGGUUCAUUUGUUGAGGAGCUUCUUCAGUGCAUAGGUCCUUAUGUGGAAGAAGACAUCUUGAAUGAUCUCAAGUCCAAAAUUCACGCUCAUGAUCCUUCAAGUUCUGGUGAUAUUCAAAAAGAGGUUCGGAAAUCUCUAUUAUGGUUGAGGGACGAGGUCCGGAAUCUUUCUUGUACAUAUAAAUGUCGGCAUGAUGCUGCUGCUGACUUAAUCCAUAUUUAUGCUUACACCAAGUACUUCUAUAGAAUACGGGAUUAUCAAACCAUUACUUCACCACCUGUCUAUAUUAGUCCACUUGACUUAGGUCCAAAGUACAUUAACAAGUUGGGAGAAGAAUUUCAAGAGUAUCAAAAGAUAUAUAGUGAAAAUUAUUGUUUAGGGCAGCUGAUUUUUUGGCACAAUCAGAGUAAUGCAGAUCCAGAACGUAGCCUGGCUAGGGCUGGCAGGGGUUGCUUGUAUUUACCUGACAUUAGUUCCUUUUAUGCCAAGGCUCAGAAGCCAUCUCGACAUCGUGUUUAUGGUCCAAGGACUGUCAGAUCUAUGCUGGCAAGAAUGGAGAAGCAGUCCCAGAGAUCUUGGCCUAAAGACCGGAUAUGGUCAUUCAAAAGUUCUCCGAAAUUCUUUGGUAGCCCAAUGUUAGAUGCUGUAAUAAAUAACUCUACACUGGACAGGGAGAUGGUUCAUUGGUUGAAGCACAGACCUGCCAUAUUCCAGGCCAUGUGGGAUCGUUAACAUUUUGCAUGGUUAGGGGAAGUGGUCAGAGCGUAACACCUAUUAAUAGAUACGGAAUGGUUCAUCAUUCAGAGCUGCCUGCCUCUUUUAGCGUGGGGGGUCUGCAAUUAUUAAUCCAAAGCGUCAUUCCUUGUACCGCUGUUCAGUCAUUCUUGUGUACAGUUUUCUUGACCAUUGAUUUGUAAUUCAUUUGAUUGUAGGGCAUUGUUUUACUCUCAUGUAAUAUGAAAUGAAAGUUAGGAAGAAAAAAGAAAGGUUAAUUCGAGGCGUUGCUGUGUUCUUAUCUUGUCUGUUAACUAGGGCUAUCUUUUUAGGGUUUCGAUUUUCUCA